UGUGUCGUCUCCUCAACACUGGCAUCUUUCUCUUUAGUUUGAUUGCUGACUUUUCUGCAGCUGAAUCUCAGCCAUGACGUCUGUCUUGUCGGUUGCUCUCAUAUGCGCAUGCGCGCUGGUUUGUUCCGGUGCUCUCUACGACCAGUAUCCGUACAGGGGUCAGAAACCGGAAGCGUACGACGGAGGUCACUACAAACCAAGCGUCCCUGGGAAGUACUACCCCGAAUACCGCUACCAAGAUUACAGCGGACAUUACAAAAGAUACAGAAGAUCUGUACCAUACUAUGGCGAUGGGAGCUACCCAAGCCACUACCCGUCCUACCCCAAAGGAUACCCGUCCUACCCGAAAGGAUACCCGUCCUACCCGAAAGGAUACCCGUCCUACCCGAAAUACCCAACUUACUAGAGAUACCCUGCACAAAGGAACUACAAACCCUAAGGAAUACCAGGUCACCCAAAGGCAGCCAGGGUUCCGGCAGAUAUAUUGAGCGUGCAUUUCAUUAAAUAAAUACUCUAUGCUUA